AUGCGGGUCCCGAGCCCGUCAAAUGCACCUGCAUUGUUCGACGCCUCACAACCUUGCUUCCCCCUUUUCCCGCUCCCGCUUCUCGCUCCCGCGCCCCUCUCUCCCUUCUCGCUCUCCCUCUCCUCCGCUCUUUCCCCCUCCUCCCCAUCCAGCAUCCCCACCGUGUACCCCGUGUACUACGCGGGUCCCGAGUCCGUCAAGAUCGCCAACGGCCCCAUCCCCGCCAUGUACCCGGUCUACUACGCGGGUCCCGAGCCCGUCAAGAUCGCCAACGGCCCGUACCGCCGCCAGGACGACGGAUACGACGGCAAGUGGUGGUCGCGCGGCUACAACGGCCCCGUCGACGCGUGCGCGAAUCUCAUCAACCCCUGCGGCGGCGGCCGCUGCUACACGCUGCGCGGAAUCGCGCGCUGCGACUGCCGAGGGCUGGCGAACAUGGUGGAGGUGCUGUCCACGCCAACGGCUAAGUGCGUGCCGCGCUACCCGUGCACGAGCCGCGAGCUGUUCAACCCGUGCGGGAGUGGCGUGUGCCGGAAUCCCGGCGACGGGACGUACAUGUGCCAGUGCCCUGCGGGCUACGCCAUCGGCACAGCGUCAGACGGCACCAUCACGUGCGUGGGCGUGGGCACGACGGCAGCGGUGGGACAGACGUACACGACUGUGCCGGGCGACUCGUGCACCGUCAUCGCCAGCGCGUAUAAGACCUCCGUUGUCGCUCUCGCCGACCUCAACCCGUUCCUCGACUGCUCGCUCGCCUUCAUCGCCCCUGGCAUGGUGCUGCUCGUAUCCAACCCGUCCGCCAGCGCCAGCACGAGCACCAUGGUGUGCACAUCCACAUACACGGUGCAGAAUGGGGACACGUGUCAGACGCUCGCCAACACCUAUUUUAACGGCGAUGUGGCCACGCUGACCGCUGCAAACCCGCUCAUUUGCUCGACUGGCCGCGCGUCGCUACUGCCGCUGCAGCAGAUCUGCAUCGCCACAACCUCGGCCACCCCCCAGAUCACCGUGCCGCAGUGCGGUCAAACGUACACGUCAGUGGUUGGGGACACGUGCGACGUGAUCGCCACCAAAUACAACAUCGCGCUCAGCACUUUCAUGAGCCUCAACCCGGCGCUGUCCUGUGACACUGACCUCAAGAUCGGAGUCUACCUCUGCGUUGCACCCAAGACCCCCCUGACCACAGUCAACUGCACAUCAUGGUACACGGUGCUGCAGGGCGACAACUGCCCCAACAUCUGGAACGCAGCCAACCUUACAGAACCCCUUUUCCUCGCCAUCAACCCCGGCAUCAGGUGCCAAGCCCCGUACCUGCAAGUCGGCCAGAAGGUCUGCAUCAAAUCGCCACUGCUCGCAACCCUUAUGGUUCAAACCAACACAAGCUACUCUAUUUACACCGUCCAAGAAGGGGACACGCUCGCUCUCAUCUCCUCCAAGUUUGUCACCCGCUGCACCACUGUCUCAGUCUCCCCUGUCAACAUCGCCGCCCAGAACAACAUCCUCGAGACCUCGCCUCUCUUUGUCAACCAGACGCUGAUCAUUCCCUGCGACUCCCGCGUCGGGAUUCUUGACUGCGGGUGCGCCGAGUCCCUCCCGGUGUGCGGCGCGGAUUUCGUCACGUACCCGUCGUAUUGCGACGCGGUUUGCAACUACGCCAUGCCGGUGGUGCAAGACGGGCGGGGUCGCCUGCCAGACCUCAAGCAGCUGUUGGUCUCAGAGCCCCAGGAGGUGUACUUAUUCCAGCUAUAA